AUGCUGUUAUAUCUCAUUUGCGUCUUUCUGUCAAGUGUGGUAGAACUUUAUCGUCGUCAGACAGGAGAGUGGCCUUCCAAGACGCCACGCAUAUGUGGAGCUACGCACUCGGAUUUUACCUUUCUUUGGACCUUGCCAAACAUUGUGCUGAUUGGUGCCUCCGAUGCGCUUUUUCGCGUAAGCCUUCAAGAAUUAUGCCAUGAAAUUGUGCGAGAAACUGUCGCGCCUCUUACGUCAUUACCAUCAACUUAUCGCUGGAAUGGUGCUGUGCAGGGUGUAAUUUCGUUAGCUGAAAUGUUGGGCUACGUCACGGCUCUUAUUCUCGUUGCAGUGUUGUCCCAUUGGCUACUUCAUCCGCAGCCUAAGGAUAUGACUCUCUUUUUUCUGCUGCUCACAACGAUGGUGGCUUUGACACAUGCAAUACUCAAUCGAAUUGUGACGCGAGCUUAG